ACUCCCGUUUGACAUCUUCCCUGUAAAUACACGUUUUGAUAUAUCUCGCAUUACUAUUCUCGCGAGAUUUGAAAAGCAGCGCCCUCUCGUGCGCGUGAGAGGAACAGCCGGAGGUCUGAGGUUUACAUCGCGGCUAAUGAUAGCAACGAAUACAAACAGAGAAAUUACUCGAAUAUUCGUCUUCACCGACUCUCUGGAGUUCCUGAUAAAUCUGCGUGAGGACUUAAUUUCUUCUGUUUUCCGCCACAUCGCCACCGGGACCGAUUCUGUGAAGUGGGAAGCGGCCUGCUUUCCUAGCCGGCUUCCCGCUGCAGCUCAGGCGGCCAUUGCUGCCAGGAAAGUCCGCUGCUUACGCUUGGUUUAGUUUAGUCGCACCGACAAGACCAGCGGAGCUUCGGAGCAUUUCUCUUGUUGUUUUUGAAACAGCAUCCGCUUCUCUUCCAACACCCUCGCAUGUUUUCCUCCAGUAGCUGUCGGGUUUUCCCACUUUAAAGUAGCCUCUGAAGCCGGGCGGCCUGGUUUGUUUUUGAGCCCAACAACAACAGAAACAAACCGAGCCUUCAUGCUGGGGCUGCUCUGAAACCGGAGCCGCCCCGGAGGGGGACCCUGCGAUACCAGCACUGAACCGGAGUCACCAUGCCCGGGGAUUCUGGGUUUGCCUCCGCUAACCGGAGCUCUUCAUCACCAAAGUCCCCGUGUGCAUUCAUCUGGAGCUGCUGCGCGUUAAACGGGAGAAAGCAGCGUUAAAAGGCGGAGGAAGAGGCCCCACGCCGGGCUUUGUGUCUUCAUAUUUCAUGUGUUAUGGAAACGAACCGAGCUGAAGGGGAUAACCCGACAUUUAUAUGCAUGAACGAGCCUCCGGUGAAGAGGAGCCAGUGAACAGACCGGGACUCCAGGUUUGAGUAUGGAUUGGAUCUGACCGGGAAUGUGGAACCGGGAUUUCUCUCCACUCAGACUUUUAUUAUACAUGUGGGGUUUACUAGCGGGAAUCUGAGGAGAUUACAUCCAUCUAUGAUCUCUCCAAAGCCCCCGGACGCUGACAGAAUUCACCUCACAGGAGAAGCGGGAGGUUUAUCUCUGCUUUGACUUGACUUUCGUGCUUUAAAAGACACCUCGAACCGGACCGGAGGCCCGGGCCAGCCAGCCGAGAGAUGAACCCGGUGAAUGCGACCUCUCUUUACGUGUCCGUGAGCCGCUCGGUGCUGCAGUGCGACCCCCGAGAUCCCCGGGACCUGGCGGAGCUCUGCAAGCUGCUACCGUUCUUCCGGCAGUCGCUGUCCUGCUUGGUCUGCGGUGACUUGCUGCAGGACCCCAUCGCUCCCACCAACUCCUCGUGUCAGCACUACGUGUGUCGGGGCUGUAAGGGUCAGAGGAUGCAGCUGAAGCCGUCCUGCAGCUGGUGUAAGGACUACACCCGCUUCCAGGAGAACAAGCAGCUCUCGUUGCUCGUCCACUGUUACAGGAAGCUCUGUCUCUACAUCACCCAGUCGCCGCUCGCGCCGCACAUAGCCAGUGCUGCCGGCGACUCGCCGGACCUCCAGGCUAUCCUCAGCGAGGGACUAACUUUAGCCGAGAGCGAACCGGAACCGGAGGACGUGUUGGAUCCGGUGACGUUGCCCCAUACCGUGUCCACCUUGGAGGUGGUUCAGUCUGAUGGUGCUCCGCCCAUCAGGGACAUCAAGCGUGAGCAGUGGAGCCCCGUAACGGCUAAUGGGCUCCAUGAUUGUAACGGGCUAGUGAGUUCGGACUCGCUACAGCCCGUCACCGUGGAAACCGGUGAAGGUGCCGUAAAGCAGGAGAGCUUCACAGAAGAGCUGCCAGUGUGCAUGAGUGUCACAGGCAGCGGGGGGGCGGGGCUUUGUGACAUCAGCACUUUUGGGGAGGACCUCAAACAUGGUGGGGGGCCUUUAUUGUUGAGUGUGGAGGAGGUGCUCCGGACCUUAGAGACGGACACGGACCCCGACACCUCGCCCGAGCCCACCCCCCUGCCCGACUACCACCCAUCUGGACCUCAGUCGAAUCUCAAUGGCCGCCACCACCUCCUUGACCCCCCUCGUCUCCUCCAGCCUCACUCGCAGCUUCCCCCUCAGUCCCCUAUAGUAACCCCUCGUGUCCCCCUGCGGUCCCACCGGAAGCGCUCGCGCUCAGAAAGCGACAGCGAGAAGGUGCAGCCCCUCCCCAUCUCCAGCAUUCUUCAAGAGCCCGCCGUCAGUGCCAUCAGCACCCACCACCAUCCCAACCCUGCCACCGCCACCAAACACGAGCAUAGGUUCUCAGCGGUUACGCCGCACCCCCACCUCGCUCCUGUACCCAACGGCGGCCCCCCCAAGGCGGGCAAGACCAUGCUGGUCUCUAGCAAGACUCUGAAGAAGACCAUGGAGCACCACGGAGCCAACAAGAAACCUUAUACAAAGGCUAGGCAAGGGGCCCCCAAGCCCCGCACACAGCCCAGAGACCGAGUACCCCCCCACCCCCACGCUCACCCCCUCACACACCCACCCAGCCCCUCAAAGCCGCUGUAUAAGAAACCUGUGGAGAAGAAGGGCUGCAAGUGCGGCCGAGCCACCCAGAACCCUUCGGUGUUGACCUGCAGGGGGCAGCGCUGCCCCUGCUACUCCAACCGCAAGGCGUGUCUGGACUGUAUCUGCCGCGGCUGCCAGAACUCCUACAUGGCCAACGGAGAGAAGAAGCUGGAGGCCUUCGCUGUGCCAGAGAAGGCUCUAGAACAAACCCGACUCACGUUGGGCAUCAACCUCACAAGUAUCACCACUGCCGCCCUCCGAAGCCCAGCCAGCAGCUCACCAGGCAGCACCCUCCUCAACGUCACCACGGCAACGGGUGCCCCCGUCUCAGCCGCCUUCCUGUCCGGCACCGGACACGACAACCGAGCAUUCGAAGACUCGCUGGAGAUGCGGUUUGACUGCUGAAGUUUGGGUCCUCCUCCGGUCGGUCGUCAUGCACAUUCCCCGCCCGCCGGGCGCCAUCGUCUGGCUGACCUGCAGAGGCGAAGCCAGAACAAGGCAGCUACAGCGACGGGCGGUGCUGAGGGUCACCCUCCGUCCAUCGCCCUAUACUGCGCCGUGCUUGUGGAGAGGAGUGUGUAGCGUUACUGUACGUGCAGAGAUUUCAUUUCAGCAGGAAUAGUUUCCUUUUGUCGACUUUUUCUGGGUAAAAAUCAGUAGAGUGUGUGUGUGUGUGUGUGUGUGUGUGUGUGUGUGUGUGUGUGUGUGUGUGUGUGUGUGUGUGUGCGUGUGUGUGUGUGUGUGUGUGUGUGUGUGUGUGUGUGCGUGUGUGUGUGUGUGUGAGAAUACGGCUGAGGUGUAGAGACAGGUAUGGAGACAUCCCAUCAUCAUUGGAGACUGGUGUCAUUUAUAAAGGACGUUUUUGUACACGGACUCCUCGGUUACCUUUUAUCUCAUACUUUAUAAGUUCCAUUGAAACCAGUGGAACCAGUUCAGGAGCAAAUCUGCAUUCAACCAGAAUAUUUCCACACCGAUAGUCUAGAUUACGCCGCUUAAGCACCAGAAACGAAGCAUUAUUGAAACUUUCUACUCGUACAGGAUGUGAAUUUUAACACCAGCAGCAGAGGUCUAAUCAUGCCCGUUGAAGGUUUUACUAUGUGAGCCACUGAAACUACUUAUUACUCUGAGAUGUUGUAUACUUACAGGAAACGUGUAUUUAACCAGUAAAAUUGUGAAUCUGAAGUCAGCGACCGGCCGGUGAAAUCUCCUCUCCCCGGUUUGCUGUUUUAAACGUCGUCUUUUUGCGUGUUUGUGUCCAUGAAGCACUUUCUCACUCCUCCACCCUCUGUGUGUUUAUGGCUCUGGUUGACUGCAGACGCUGUUUCUGGUCACGUUUUGUUUGUGGAAGCUGCUAAAAAACCACUAAAGACUCCAGAGAGGGAGGCGCUCCUGCUUUCCUCGUCUUCGGUUCUGUUUUUAUUAACAUUUGGAGGUUUUAUCAGACAUCUUCUAACACGACCCCCACCCCACCCCCACCCUCCUGUUCGGCGUGGUUCUCGCCCGCAGGCUCGAUUCGGACUGGUCCUGUCUCUGCUCACUUCCUGUCAUGUUUUUAGUGUUUGUUUCUAGAGUCUCCACACAGUUUGUUUUUGUUUCCCUCUGGGCAUUUAAAUAUCUGUAAUAUAACUGUAACAUAUUUCCACAAAAAGAAAGAAAUGAGAUCCUAAAA